AUGCUUGCUGAGAAUGAAGGAGAGGGAGAGAAAAAAAAAAAAAACAGCAACAACAACAGACGACGGCAGCUGAAAGAAGAAAAAUCUGCCGUCUCGGGUCCCCACCCCCCGGCCUCUGUCCUGACCAUCUCGCCUGCCUGCUGCUGUGUCCUGUCAAAUGACAGUCUUACUUCUCCUCAGCAGGGCUGCCACGGCUUUCCCAAACCAGUCGAUACCACGGUUUUCUCGCUCGUGGCCCAAUCCUCGAACCUGGGUCGAGCACUGAUUCACUCGUGUACUGAUGAACCAAAGCGGAGUGUCCUAGCCGCCGGCGCAAACACCCACCGGGCCUCUUGUUCCAUCUUCCCGUCACCGGAACGCCGUGAUUACCACGGGGUGGUAGUAAACCACCAAACCAAAACGAAGCGAAAUAACAGAACCAUGUCUACUAUGCUGCAAAUCAGAGAUCUCCUCAACCCCGUCACACCUGAGCCAUCCGAUGGCUCCUCAGAUGAAGCCUGCGUCCAGGUGUCGCCUGGACGCAUUGCUGCCGGCAGCGCCUCCACGAGACACCCAGUACGACCCCGGGAGUGGUCCUCUAAGCCAGGGAAGCAAAGAGGACCUGUCAACUUCAUGCCGUUUGAAGAAGGGCUAAGUCAGGAUAUGAUUCGACAAAUUGCACUUUUUCAGGUCCGUCCAUUUGGACAAAUCCGACAGUCCUGUGAGCACAUCCCAUACAACAGCUCUAAGAAGGACUUUUUCGGAAAGACGGGGCGGGAAAGCAUAGAUGACCCCCCAGGAGACUUUACAGUCAUGUGGGACUACGAUGUCGGCCUGGUCAGAAUCACACCCUUCUUUAAAUGUUUGGGAUAUGCCAAGGUGGGUGCAUUUUUGAGCGACAGUCAUCAUAAUUCUCCGGGCGCUAACUCACGGCCGAAGACCAAGCCUUCACAGAUGCUAGAUAAAAAUCCGGGGCUGAGAGACAUCACACCAAGUAUCACAGGAGGAGCUGUUUCAGCCCAAGGAUACUGGAUGCCCUAUAAAUGUGCUAGGGCCAUAUGCGCUACCUUUUGCUACCCUAUCGCUCCCGCUCUCGUGCCACUAUUCGGCCCAACAUUCCCCUCGGAAUGUCGCGUGCCUGGUAGUCCUGGGUACAGAGACAUGACUAUCGACCCUCGCAUCAUCGAGGAGGCGACGCGGGAGGCCCGAGCCUCGCGCUCGAUGCGCAUAGAGCCGAGCUCGCCAUUCGCACCUCGGCCCGCAGCCGCACCGAAGCACCGCCAUGUCCUCGAGCCCAGGCCCGACCAAGGCUCGUACGAAAGAAGACUCCUCGGACCGGAAUGUGAAAGGCUGAUGCAACCGAGCCCGCAGCGCGUUCCAUCAUCCUGGAAGGCGGUAAACGCCACCGCCACGUCGCCCAUCACGCCGCCCCGGUCCGCCAACAGCCAGCGGCCCCUCAUCUCUGGGAACAUGGAUAGAUUCCGUAAUCACCAGUAUAUUGAGGAUGGCCGGCACGGAUUGGUUCUUGCCGGAGACGAGUCUCCGGAGCAGCAGCGGCGCGCGCAACCGGUGCGGGAGCUCCCCGGACGGCGGGACUAUCCUAUUACACCGGUCCGCCCGCAUCUGCACCUAGCCGAAGGGUACGGACUCAAGCGAAGGUACGUAUCCCCGGUGAUUGUGGAUUUCAGCGGCCACACGGGCGAGAGGGAUGCCAGACCGGCGUCACGAGCCGAGCCGAACCCGCGCAAACGGACGCAGAGAGAUGGCUCGAGGAGGAUAGAGGACUACCAUGCAGCCAGUGCCCUGGUAGGACUGCAGGAAGAAGGGCAUAUCCGCUCGCGCGGGUAG